CAGCACCGCGUUGGCAGGCGUUCCUUGGGGGAGGGGAGUGGGGGUGGUUAGGACAGGGCAAGGCAGAGCGGAGCGGAGCGCCCGGCGGGGGCUCUCCGGGGUCCCUUUCGCCCCCGCCUCCUCCCGCUGCCGUGCCCAGGCCCCGUGGACCCGGCCCGGGGAGCCCUCGCCUGUGGCGGGGAUCAAACCGACGCGGCAGCUGCCUCCCCGCCGCACCUGCCCCGGGUGCGGCCAGGGGGGCGGGGGGGAUGGUGUGUUUGGGGAGGGAGGGGGCUGCCGACGGCAGUUAGCCGCAGCGGCCGCGCGUGGAUCCCGUGGCGGCGCCGCGGGGGGCCGGGGGUGACACACACACACCCCCCACCCCUCCCCAGACCCUGCCCCCCGGCCCCGUGUGGAUUGGGGCGGCGGCGCGGUCCGGCGGAGCCCGGCCCCGGCCCCGGCCCCGGGAGAGCAGGGGCUGGCGCGUCUGUGGCGGUGCGUGUCCCUCCCCGCUUAUUCAUAGAAAGCAGAUUCUGUUAGCGGCUGGCACUUGGGGCAGUGUGCGCAGUUCUGGCGUGAGGUGGUUUCUUCCUCUUUUUUUGUUUUUGAUGUGACCUCAUUGUCUCUUGGCUCGGUUACGAGUAGAGGUUUCUUGACACCUAGACCGAGCCUUCCUGUGUGUUUACACAGCCGCAAUUAGGAGCUGAAACUUGACAUUGCCCAGAGGCCCUGCUUAUGAUGUGUGUAAACAAUAAUAAAUCAAGUGCUGGUUUCAUCCUGAAAUACUGCCUCAAUUAGCCACAUGUCCUAGGUCUCCGUGGAGUAGUCGAUAGCUUUCCCUCAUUCCCACAACGCCGGCUGUAGGGCCCAGAGUUCAUCAGUUAACAGUAUAAGUAGUUAACACAUCCGUGUGAUACUUCUCUGCAUAGCUUAUUGCUAUCUUUUUAAAUUAUUUCCUAAAUAUUUUCUGUUGUCCUAAAUGAGAACGUGUAAUACAAUUUUAGAGACACAGUCACAGUUUGUGUUUUUUUCAUUUGCAGUUUGUGACCCCUUUUUGUCAGUUCCGUCUAAGUAAAUUAAUAGUAUGGUGUUGGGAGGGAGAAUGAGACUCUAGAUGCAAGUAUGACACUCUUAUAAGUGAAUUUCUAUGCCAUGCAAUUAAUUCUUUUUUUUUUUUUUUUUUUCCCCCCUUGUCACAUUUAGUUAAGAGCUAUUCAGGCAAGAUUAUUCAUUUUUGUCUUUGCCCCUUUUUGGAAUACGAUGUGUGCAUUCCAUUAAACAGAUCACAGGAAUAGAGAGCAUGGACAAUAUGUUCUGGUCUGUGGAUGCUGGAAAACAGUUGAGCCAGCAUCCUAUGGAGAAUGGCAGGAGGGUAUAAAUAAUUUUCAAAGUAUGCUAAAUGUCUCAUCUAAUUGAUUUUUUAAAAGGCUGAAGAAUUCUUUCUUAGUCUUUAUAAAACAUGCACAUAUAGUUAGUUUAUAAUACUGUUCAUAAUUUUAUUCUAGAGCAUGCCCUGUACAAAGUUUCACUGCUGUAGAUUGUUUGAUUAGGUGAAUUGUAACAACUGUAGCUUAAGAAAUUCAUGCACCUUGCUAUUCUCCAUACUGUAAAUACAGUUUCAGGUUUUUCCCUUUCCUCUAUGGGAUAUAAACUGUUUAUGGUCUGCCUGUGCUAUGAGAUUAUAUACCUUUAGUUAUAUAUGUGUAGUUAAAGUGAUACGGCUUCUGCAGCUGGGUAAGCACUGAAGUCUUGUUUAAGAAUGAGUCCUGGUUAGUCCCUGUUAGCUGCGUGUACAAAUUUUAUGGAUUGUACUGAACGAGGAAACAAAUUGUCAUGAUUGUAACAGAAAUCCCGCUAUGUAUUUCCAGACCUUGUCAUUGCUAGAGUAUCAAGCAACAGCAGAUGCAUUUUGAGCACAUUUUCUAAGUAGCUCUGUAAAAUAAAACUGCAGAAUUACCCUUUUCUGAGUCUGUGUGUAGCCAUAUAUAAUCAUUACAUUUAAGUUUUCAAAAACUUGUGAGGAAAAAGACCCAAACAUUUUACAUUUAGGUAAUUGGUUUUAAUCUAUCUUAGAAAUUCUGAUAUUUUUUUUUCAUGUAUGUUCUAUCUUUGGUUUAUUUUGUGAAGCAUAUACUGUAUUUUUACUGUCAGCUGUUACCGCUUUACAUACUUUAAUCAUAAGAUGACAAGAAAAUAUCCACAGGAAAACUUCAGUGUAGGUUUCGCUAUGUUUUCUUAACACGAGCUUCAGUUAAGUGGUGAAAGGCAGAGCUCCAUUUACUUCAUUCUCAGGGAAAAGAUAGGUAGUGUAGAAGCUAUUGUACUGUACUGAGACUUUGAAGACUGCCUCUGUUCAUUCUGAUUGAUCUCCUGAGUGAUUUUGGGGCAUGCAUUUUUUUGCCUGUGUACCCUUCUCCGCAUAAAUUGACUAAUACUUGUCUUGUAUGUCAAGUGGGUCUUAUUCUGUGCUUAAAGUGCUUUGCUGGACUGGAAUUUAUCUUGUUACCAUUUCCUAUGUGCUAACAGGAAAACCAGGAAUUCUUCAAAUUUCAUGUAUGUUAUUGUUACAGUUGAUUGGGAUUUUAUUUUGUAUUUGGAAAUUUCACUUUGGCAUGUAAAAAUGUUAGUCUAAUAGUAACUUACAGCCUUGAUUUGUACUCUUUCUUAAUCUGGAUACAAUUUUAAAGAUUUUGAUUAUAUUUUAAAUAUAAAAAUAACAUUUUAAAAGUAAGUCCUUGCAGUCUUCCACUAGUGCAGCUGGAAGGAGUUUAGAAUGAAUGAAAUUUAGAAUGUUUAUUCUAAAUACUUCAGUCUUAUAAAAUGAAUAUGUCUUCUACAAGCUGUACGUUCAGAAUUUUGCUUUCCAACUGUAUUUUUCUCAUACCUUUCCCUGUACUGUAAAGGCAGUGCUGUAAUAAAGUCAUAAUAAUUUUCAUUGCUACCACAGCAAGUUUAGAAGUGUUGAGGAGCAAUUCAAUUUCCUGGAAAAGAAUCACCCUUUCGCUGUUAUUAAGCCCUGUACUAAUGUCCAAGCGUGAAUGAUCCAUAGAACCACUACUUUGAUAGCGGAACUGCUUGUUCUAAUGGCGCUGUUAAUGUCCCGAAUGAAGAGAGAUGUAGUCCAAAUUGUAUUUCAGAAUAUUACGUAGUGGUUUGGGAGCCAAAUGUUACCUCUGCAAAACUGGGACACGUGAAAGCUCACAAUAAAUCAGAUUAAUAUUUUUAGUUUGGUUCAUCAUCUGGACCAAGUAGUUAAGCAUGAUGCAUCCCACAGCAGUAGGUGAUGGGUUUCUGUCCUCUACGCUGUACUUCAGUGUGAUCGCUCCACUGGAACAAGAUAAUGUCGUCUUCAGCCCAUUGAAGGAAAAGGAAUAUUUGCUCAUACUUAUGAUGAUUUGACAUAACUAAUGUUUUAUUAACCAUGAUGGCAACACAGACAUUAAGUAUAGACAACUAUCAAGAUGGACAACAGAUGCAAGUAGUAACAGAGUUAAAAACUGAACAAGAUCCCAACUGCUCUGAAACUGAUGCAGAAGGAGUGAGUCCUGCCCCUGUAGAAUCUCAGACUCCAAUGGAUGCAGACAAGCAGGCCAUUUACAGGCACCCACUAUUUCCCUUGUUAGCACUAUUAUUUGAAAAAUGUGAACAAUCUACACAAGGCUCAGAAGGCACAACUUCUGCUAGUUUUGAUGUAGAUAUUGAAAAUUUUGUAAGGAAGCAGGAGAAAGAAGGGAAACCCUUUUUCUGUGAAGAUCCAGAAACUGAUAAUUUGAUGGUAAAAGCAAUCCAAGUUCUACGUAUCCAUCUGCUUGAGCUAGAAAAGGUUAAUGAACUUUGCAAAGAUUUCUGUAGUCGUUACAUUGCCUGCCUGAAGACAAAAAUGAACAGUGAAACUCUAUUAAGUGGAGAGCCUGGAAGUCCUUAUUCACCUGUGCAGUCUCAGCAAAUUCCAAGUGCCAUUGCAGGCACACUCAGUCCCCAAGGGAUUAUGGUGCCAGCAUCAGCAUUGCAGCAGGGAAAUGUAACUAUGGCAACAGUAGCAGGGGGGACAGUGUAUCAACCAGUCACUGUGGUCACUCCACAAGGUCAAGUGGUGACACAAGCACUGUCGCCUGGGACUAUUCGGAUCCAGAACUCUCAGCUUCAGUUGCAGUUAAACCAAGAUCUCGGCAUCUUGCAUCAAGAUGAUGGUUCAUCAAAAAAUAAAAGAGGAGUUCUUCCCAAGCAUGCUACAAAUGUGAUGAGAUCUUGGCUUUUUCAGCACAUAGGGCAUCCAUAUCCAACAGAGGAUGAAAAGAAACAGAUUGCAGCACAAACAAAUCUGACACUACUCCAGGUUAACAAUUGGUUUAUCAAUGCUAGAAGGCGAAUUCUUCAGCCAAUGCUGGAUUCCAGUUGUUCUGAAACUCCAAAAACAAAGAAGAAAACAGCUCAGAACCGACCGGUUCAGAGGUUCUGGCCUGACUCCAUUGCCUCAGGAGUUGCUCAGCAGCAAUCUAAUGAGCUCACGAUGUCAGAUGGUGCUGUUGUAACAAUUACAGCUCCAGUCAACAUGAAUGUAGACAGUCUCCAGUCUUUGUCAUCUGAUGGUGCUACUUUGGCUGUUCAGCAAGUUAUGAUGGCAGGGCAAAGUGAGGAUGAGUCUGUAGACAGCGGUGAAGAUGAUGGAGGAGAUCUCUCAACAACAAAUAUCAGUGGGCUGGUCUUGGAUAACAGCGAUUCUCUGCAGUAGGAAGCAAGAGAGUGUGAGAAAAUGUUUAGAAAAAAAAAUGGACUGACUGACUGUUUUUAUAGUUUGCACAGCAAACAUUUUACACAAGUUUUAUUUCUAAUAUGUUUUAUAUGUAGAUAUAGAAGGGUGCACUUUUUUGUAUUUCAUAGUAAGCUUAAAGAGUGUUUUUGCAGGUGCAGCAACUUCUUUCAAAUGUGUUGUUUUUUCAUUUCUUUUUCUUAUUUCAGAAAAUUAUAUCUAGUAAUAUAAAGAACCACAUAAGCACCCCUUUGUUCUAUGAAUUGGAAGAGCUGCAAUUUCUAAAGAAUUAUGCAGUUUCAAUUAGUGCUGUUAUUUAACACAGCUCUUGAUGGGCAGGUGAUGUAAAUUUAAAGCAUGUGACACUAGUGUGUGGAACUUGAUCAUUAAGUUAGAUGCAUAUAUUUGAAAGAUGCUUCUGCACCUUAAAAACUGCUAGUCUGAGGUGGACAGCAACACACAUAAAAAGAAGAUGUUGAUGUGUGAUUCAGUAGCGAAUGUAUGGCAAUUUAAAUAAGUUUAGUUUCUCUCAUAGUCUGUGAGCCUGUUUAUCAUUUGCUAUAAAAACUCCUAUUUUUACCUUGCCGGGGUUAUUGGAUAAAAAAUAUUUUUAUAAAUUCACUAGGCAUUGGGAUGACGACUGUAUUAAGCAGGAGGGGUAAAAAAAAAAAAAAAAAAGAGAAUUUCCAGAGGGGAAAAAUAAAUGUUUAGUAUUCUUAUUUGGAAGGUCUGAAAACUGACCAAAUUUAAUAAACAAGCCUAUGCUAGCAUUCUAUGAUUCUCAGCUAUCCCACAGUGAUAUACUAUAUUUGAUAAUAGCAUAAGGGCCCACUGUUCGAUGGGAUUUUGAUAUUGUCAAACAUUGAUUUAUAUUAUGUGUAAACUAAUAUUCAAAUUACAUUAACUCUGUAUCUAGACUUGUAUCUGAGGAUAUUUGCUAAAUGACUAUUCAGGUAAGUAAAUUCAAAUACCCACAACUUUUCCAGUUAUUAGAGAAAUUUAACAGUUUAUAGUUUGUACAACUGAAUCCGAAAAAUGAAAAGUUGCCUACUAUACAGUCAGGAAUUCUGCUAUCACUCUGCUAUUUUAUUGCAUUUGCAAUAUUCUCCCCUAAUGCAAAAAGAAAUACAACUUACGGAUUUAUAUAAAGUUUCUUUAAAUCUAGAGUUCACUACCAGAAUAUAUAGCAGGCUAUAUUAGAGUAGCAAAUCCUUGUGUGUCAUUUAAAAACUAAGAGCUAGUGAUGAAAACUGUUUUGGUUUGGUUUUUUUUUUUUUUUGUGGUAACAGUUCAUUUGGUUUUUUUCCCAAAGUUUAGAGUCUGUGUCUGUCUAUCCAUGAGCACUUACUUUUGAAACUUUGUAGUUCCUGUUGUUAAGUACAAAUAACAGACUCCGAGAGGCUCAUGGUAUGAUCAACAUCCUCUUUCCCCCCUGUCCAUUUGUCACAAUGUUGGGUGAGAUCAAAGCCAGAACUUCCUUCUGAUUUAGACCAAAUUUAGUUGCAUUUUUAAUGUGACAGGGAAAAAAACAUCAGCUUUUGGAAUCUUUAGACACUGUAUUUGAACAAAGCCCUUUGACAUAUGCAAAUAUUUAAUUAAAUACUUAAUUUCUGCUUCAUAAAACACUCAGACAUGUGCUUAGGUCCCACUGAUUUCAGUAGGAUUAAUGCAUGUACUUUUUGACGAACAGUUGGAAGCUGGUCUUUAAAGAUUGUUUUCCAAGGCAGGUAUAAGUUGGUAUGAAGAAAAACUUCAGAAAGAAAUGUCAGUAGCAUUGGCAUACAUACAUGGAGAAUAAUACUAGUUUUCACUCACUAGUAGCUGUUUUGAAAAAUUGGCACUGGGUUUUACUCAACACAGAUGAUGUUUCUGCUAUGGUUUUUGCUUAUUCCUGGAUGAGGAUCUUGCUUCUUAGUUCAAAUGCUGUAAUGAUCUACUUCAGCUGGAGUGGUAAUUUCUAAAGAAUUUGUUUUCUUCUGACUUCUCUGUUUUGCCACUAACGUGGCAUGUUUGUUAAAAAGCAUAGUAAGUGAAUAAUGAAAGAUUUAAUUAGGAAGGCUUUGACAUGGCAUAGCUAUCUCGAAGGCUAUUGUCGAAUCCAGUUUGACCUCAAAACACGUAAAGACAGCUAUCAUGUACAGAUCAUGCUUCUUUGGAAACAUUCAACCUACUGUUCCUACAAAGGACACCCAAGAUUAAUAGAACUGAGACAGAUUCUGUAUUUUUUUAGUUGGUUUUGAUUUAACUCCAUAAGUGCUUCAUCACCCCCACAGUUCCCGUUAUAGUAGGUUAUAUUUGUGUUUUUUGGGGGGUUUUUAUUCAGCUACCAUUGUUCACAUUUAAUAGUGAGUUAAUCCUUGUACUUCUAGCACGUAGGCAGAUUAAUUGUCUGCUCCUUCAGUGUGUGCAGACCUAUGGACAAAUACGUGCUUUUCCAAAUCGGCCUGUGUUGGAGGAACAGGCCUUUUCUCGCUAUCUCCUUUCCCUUCCUGACCAGUUGAUGCUGCCUCAGAUAUACCAGCAAAGCUUGCCCCAGCCUGAUUCAAGGUAGUCUCGGAAGCAGCUCAGCCAGCAGAUCUGUUGGGGUAGCAAGUAGCCAGCAGUGAAGGGAAGGGUAAACCAAAGUGGGCAAAACUUCUGUGGUUUGGAGAUAAUGUGGCAGUGAGCAUUUGCCCACACUUCAGAACUAAGAGAAUGGAGAUCUUAAAAAGAGAAAGGGUAUUUAAACAAUAUAUAUACACCUGGCUGGAAGAGGGUUCAGGAAUAAGUAGUUUAUGUGUCACUUGGAACUCAGUUGGAAAUAACCUGGCAUUGGGGUUUGCAAAUUUAUGAAAGUUUGUUUUUCAUAAAGGAAUUGUUAAUUGGUUAGAUUUUUUAUUCCCUUACCUUACCUGCAGCAGGUUUUAUUCUUCUGAAACAUUUGCAACAUUGUCUUCAUCUAGUUUAUCAAUACCUGGAAAGUGAAGUUGACAGAAUUUACUGUGAAAGGGGGAAUAUGGAAUAGUUUUCCUGUCAAAUUAGAAACCUAAAAACAUAGGGUCCUGAUUUCCUAAAACUGAAAAGUCUUUACCAAUGUAAUCAAAGGUAUUGCUUAUCUUAUGGAACUCAACCCUUGUCUUUUAAUUCACUGAAAAUUCUGUAGUGGGUAUGAACUGCACAGAAGUGCUUGUUCUUUUCCCAAUUUAAAAACAAAAAAAAAAAAAAAAAAGAAAAAAGUAGCAUCCUUUGUGUUUUACCACGUAAGAAAGAUUGCUGGUUUCAGCAAAGCAUCGCUAUUCAGGAAGGUACGUGUUUACAUUAGUUAAGAAAGUCUUUAUAGGGAACCUAACUUUAAACACAUGUGUCAUUCUCCCCCACCCCCAAUUAAAGUCGAAUUCAUAUGCAACAGAACUAAUUUGUUUUUAAAAUCAAAGUAAUUUUUCUGCAAUGAUGAUUAUUGAAACUUUUAAUUCUUUUUCAGCCUAAUCUAGAUCAUUAACCCAGAACAGGGUUCUCAGUCCAGUUUUUCCAAGUUUUCUAUAACAAGCAAGGCAAUUUCCUGUUGUUCUGUAACUUUAGAAACAUCGGAUUUUAGUAAAUCAAUUCUAAAUUGAUCGGGAUAUAUUUUUAAAUGUCUGUUACAAAGAAAUAGUCAUGUUGGAAAACAUUUAGAAUUGACAAGCAUGGCUCUGGCUCUGCAGAGAGUUCCUAGAUCUGGAUACUGGGUCAAAGUAAAGUCCUGUUGACCUCAAGGAAGCUCCAUAAGGCUGCAUGUCACACUGCAUUUACCUGCAAGAUAAUUGGUUCCUUAUUCUGGUCCCUGAUCACUAUUAGGAACCUUUUGGAGAGCCCUCUGACUUUAUCUUGCUUGCAUACCUAGGUUUUCUUCCAGUGGAAACCGGGGUAUGGACAGAGGGCUUAGAAGGGCAGCAAUUCAUGUUGACCUGGUGUGCAUCACAUGCCAUUUUGAUGUUCAAAAUAUGGCCAGAAAGCAGACCUGCACUAAGGAAUUAGAGUUCCCAGUUCCUGUGCUUUAAAAGUAGCUUCAGAUUUAUGGAUAUUCUAGUGGAGUAGGGCCACAAAGACUUAAUGCAUGAAUAAUAUAUUUGUUUCUGGAAGAAUUAGAAGGCAGUUCAGCUUCCUGACUUUAUGAACUUGACAGCCCAAAGGAUGAAACAAAGCCUUUCCAAGAGGCAAUAGUUUCAUAAAACCAUUAGACUUGUGGCACUUAAAACCAAAACACUCUGGUAUUUUGAAAAAUUCUAACACAUGCAUUUAAUUGUAAUUAUGUUGAUUUGAGAUUUAUUUUCUGAAGCUGAGUCAUCCUGGGAGAAAAAAAGUAUUUGUCUAUGCAAGACACAAAUGUCAAAAGUAUGUGAAUUACCCAUUUUUAGGUGCUGUAUUGUUACUGUCUUUCUGACUUCUGUUACUUUGAUCAGUCUUUUAAACCUUUUAGCCUUGUAUUCAGCUUAGUUUUUAGAGCUGAAGAGGCAAAAUGUAGUUUUAAAAUCCUGUUGGAAAUGUAACUAACCUGCAUUCCCUUAUGAAAAUCUCGCAUGUUAAACAAUUAAGUGAAAUGUUUUGGUUUCCUAAUAAUAAAUUCAAACUCUCACCACCUCCUAAAAACAGAGCAUAUCCAUGAGAAUGCACGUUUAACUGUAGUGUGCAAAUGAUCAUCAGCCUUGUGCUGAAUACACUUUGCUUUUUACUGUUCAGUGUAGCUGAACAGCAAAGCGGGUUCGUUUUGCCAAAUUCAAACUCAGUGUGGAUUCCUUCCACCCCUCCCCCCACACCUCGUCCUUGGCUCACCAAGGUCCUUCAAAUAGGUUUUGCAUUGUUUAAUUUUUAAGUCCUAAAGUAACUUGAUCAUCCAGUGUAAAGUGUAGUGAAAUUGGCACUAAUGUGCUUUUAAGUGAUCGCCCAAAUCUUGUUAUUUGUUCGUUCUUGUCAUCUGGCAGUAUAAAAUCUGUUCCUUUUCAGUGACUUAGUUCUUCAGGACCUGUUGAGUGCUCACAGCUGGUUUUGCCAGAGGAAAGCAAGGUGUGAGAAAGCAAUGAAAUGCCUUACCAACCUUGUAGACUACUAUAAAGAUACUGACUUCAUGUUAAUAGAAUCCAGUCUUUUCAGGUUGUGACAGAAGUCGCCCAUAGAUCUUUUUGUGGGUUAGCAACAUUUGGUCUAUACAACUGACAAUCUUUAAAAUGUGAACCCUGUAAUUUUUUUUUCCUUGGUUGUUAAGGGAUUUUGAAGCAACUGACCUAUCAAGGGAUAAAAUUAAAAAUCAGAAUAUGCUUCAUGGAUGAUUUAUUUUUACACUACUGUUCUCUGUGAACUGAAAAAGCACAUUUUAAGCAAAGCAUUUGCAUUACUUUAACAGUAUUGUUUGGCUGAAAGACAAAUAUGUUUUCAAGAAGUCUUGAGCAUAGUUUCAAACUAGUUAACCAGUUCUUGGCCAGAGACAAUUCUUGGCCUUUUAAUUUGUUUGGGUUUUCUUGUUUAUGCAAAUGAAGAAAAAUGUUUACUAGUUCUUACCAGUAUGGGGAUUUUUAUUAUGCUUUUGUAAUGCAGGAGCAGCUUCGAUGAAAAAAUUAGCAGGUAAAUAGUCCAUAAUGUGUGUGA